CUACACCUUGGUCCGCCAUGUCGUCGCAACAGGAUGCACCAGACGCCUCCCCCCGCAACAUUGUCCAGAUCAUCGCCGACGACCUGGGUUUGAUGCUCGGCUGUUACGGCACCCGGGCUAUCCAGACACCAAACAUUGACAAACUUGCCGCCGAGGGCACUUGCUUCACCCACGCCUUUGCCAGCACCGCAUCCUGCAGUGGCAGUCGCUCAACCAUCUACACCGGCCUCCACACCCACCAGAACGGCCAGUAUGGCCUCAACCAUGGCCGCAACCACUUUCAGACCCACGACCACAUCGAGACGCUGCCGCGGAUCUUUGCGUCGUUGGGCUACCAGACCGGCAUCAUCGCCAAGGUCCACGUCGGCCCGCGCUCCGUCUAUCCUUGGGAUUGGUUCUCUCCCAGUGACAGCCGCGACGUGGCCGCCAACGCUACCGAGGCGGGCCGGUUCUUCGAUCAUGCCCGCGAGACGAAGCGGCCGUUCCACCUGACCGUCGGCUUCCGCGACCCCCACCGCGACACCACCCGUGGUGGCUUCGGCAAUGACGACGGCGACGUGGCACACAUCCCCGUUCCCGACUACCAGCUCCAGGACGUCGAAAUCCCCGACUUCAUCAGCGACGUCCCCGCCCUGCGAGCCGAGCUCGUCGAGUACUACAAGUCCAUCACGCGCAUGGACCACGGCGUGGGGUUGAUCAUGCGGGAGCUAGCCAGCCGCGGGCUGGACCAGAACACCCUCGUCUUGUUUCUGAGCGACAACGGCGCGCCCUUUGUCAAUUCAAAGACGACCCUGUACGACGCGGGCGUCCGGCUGCCCCUCAUCGUCCGGCAGCCUGGAUCGACGGCUCAGGGUGUCGUCAACCCAAACAUGGUCUCCUUCCUCGACAUCCUGCCGACCUGUAUCGACUGGGCGACGUCAUCAUCGCCGGCCUCCUCGGCUGGUGCCCCUGAGACCACUAGCACGUCUUUGUCUCCGCCGCGCCUCGGACGGUCAUUCCUCUGCAUCCUGGCCGCAGACAAGGAGCUUCCCGCGGAGCAGUGGCCGCAGCAGUAUGUAUUUGGCUCGCACACGUUCCACGAGAUCCAAAACUACUGGCCCACGCGGUUCAUGCGGACCAGGCGCUUCAAGUACCACCGCAACAUUGCCUGGAAGCUCGACUUCCCGUUUGGCACGGACUUGUAUGGGAGCUUGAGCUGGGAGGGUCUACGGAACAGCGGCGCCGCCGUUGUCACCGAAACUGGCGACAGCGAAGAACAAGAGACGGACACCCCCGAGGUAAUGAUUGGCCGCCGCCGACUGAGCAGAUACAUCCACCGCGGGCCAGAGGAGCUGUUCGACCUGGUCGCGGACCCACACGAGGUCGAGAACCUUGCGGCACGGCCGAAGCACCGGGCCACGCUGGCCGCGAUGCGCCAGGCCGUCGAGGACUGGCAGUACCUGACCGACGACGUGUGGCUCAUGAAGGACGGCGCGAGCGCCAUCUCGAGCGCCAGAUACCAGCAGCAGGGCCUGAAGCUGCGUGAUCGGUUCGACUUUGAUCCAAAGCACCCCGUGGUCGCGUUAGUCGACAUGCUAAUCUUGGAAAUCUUCGCCCCGGUGCUGUGCGGGGUGGCGUGGAUCUUGGUCGCGGCCCAGCUGACCUCGAGCGGUGAAAACACAUGCGAUGACAACGAUCCGUCCUCAUACUGCAACGUGAUGUUCAGCGGACCGUCGAUGAUGGCAGGCGUGAAGGCCGCCGACACGUCGUCGUUGCGUUGGUAG